GUGGUCACUCUUCUCAAUUCCUUUUUGGAAGGAUCUGGAGGUACAUAGAGUCAAGCAGUGUCCACAUGGGACCUGGGGAAGCCAUCUGCAAAAGGGGCAAGAGCUGAGCACAUCUCUGGGUGCCAAACCUGAAAAGAGGGGUCUUCCCUUGCUCUUCAUCAGCCAUCCCCAGACAAAAUUCAACUUGAGCUGCACAGUUAGGCCCUGGUAACAACUCACAUGCCAGGGUUGCCACGAGGAGAUGCAAUGGCCAUGGCCACUGACGUGGUCACUGUGAUGGGCACAGCCACCACCAUGGCUGCCAUGACAAACAUGGCCACAAUUACAGGUUUAGCCACCACUAUAGGCACCAUGAUGGACACAGCCAUCACUAUGGGCAGCACUACGGGCACAGCCACCACCACCAUGGGCACGAUCAUGAACAUGGCCACCACUACAGGAAGCACCAUGGGCACAGCCAAAACCAUGGGCACUUGGCACACAGCCAUGGGGUCUGGGGUGGGCUGGCCUGAGCUUGGGUGCAGUCAGUGCCAAACCAGUCACCUCAGCAAAAACUGCAAGAGCAGCAUCACAGUCAGGAUGAGUUUUGAACAGAAGCUCACUCAGGUCUUCAGUGAGCAUGACUAUCAUCCUGUGUGGUUUGUCGGUGGCAGCAGCUGAACCCAAAAUAGACUACAGGCUGCUACGCAUUGCAGCAGCACAGGACUGUGCUCACCAGACUUUCCAGAAGCCCUCAAGGCUGGGUGUGAAGAGGGGCCGGAACAGCACCAGCCAGGGAGAGGAAUUUCCAUCCCCCAGUUGCCCUUUAGUAAUAGCAACGAGUGGUUCUUCCCCUGGGGAGAGUCCAGAGCUGUCAUGGAAAUCCUGGACAGGGGCUAUAUAAUGCUGAGGUACAAGCAGGUAGCACUCAGCAGCACCAAACCAGCAAGAGCUACUGGUUCCUGGAGCUGACAGCCACCCAAAUUGGACAUGAAGAUCUACUCCUUGGCCAUGAUCACUCUGCUGCUCGCUGCUGUCUGGACUGAGAGCUGGGGCAAGUCCUUCCGCAGCUCCUACAGCUCCUGCUGCUACAAGAACAUGUUCAUCCAGAAGGAAAUCAACACCUCGCUCAUCCGCAGCUAUCGGGAAACACCUCCAAACUGCUCCCGCAGAGCCAUUAUUGUGGAGCUGAAGAAGGGGAAGAAGUUCUGCGUGGACCCUGCAGAGGGCUGGUUCCAGCAGUACUUGCAGGGAAAGAAGCUGAGCAACACCUCAACAUGAGCUGCUACCAACACCAGCUCUAUUUCUACGUACCCUGCCAUGACCUGUCAGUGCCUGUGAUGUCUCAUUAACUUAUGGAGCCAGCUCUGCCUUGUCUCCCUCUGUCCCACUUCACACUACUGUACAGCUCUACUGAGGUUUAAUAAAGCUACUUGCUCUGACCUGCA